AUGUAUUAUUAAAUUGGAAAGAAAUGACGUCACCAAACACGUCCGCAACACAUGGAGCCAAAGACGACUGAGCCGAGAACAUCGCCCACACUGUUUUGCCCUUCCUUAACUAUGCGGAGCUUCCGGCAAAAUCAACACAACUCAACCUUAUAUAAUCUGACAGCAGAGAGCUCCAAACAUAUCUCUGUUCUGCACCGUACGGCAGUCUACUCAAAUAUUACCAUAUUAAUCAUAUGGCUGUCGAAGGAAAUGAGAGCCAGCGGCGGCCUCACGUGGUCCUGCUCUCAUCGCCGGGGAUGGGCCACGUGAUCCCGCUGGCGGACUUCGCCGUCCGCCUCGCCGCCGCCCACGGCUUCUCCGUCACCCUCCUCACCUUCUCCAACUUCGACUCCCCUGCGCACGCCGCCUUGCUUGCCUCCCUCCCCUCCGACUCCGUCACCUCCGUCUCCCUCCCCUCCAUCUCCCUCUCCGACCUCCCCCCCGACUCCCCGGUCGACGUCCACCUCUGCGCCCUCCUCGACCGAUGCCUCCCCGUCCUCCGGGACGCCUUCCUCUCCUUCCAAAACCCCGCCGCCGCCUUCGUCUGCGACCUUUUCGGAUCCAAUACGCUGCCGCUGGUGCGGGAGCUCGGCGUGCCGGGCUACAUAUUUUUCGCUCCCAGCCUUACGAUGCUCACCCUCGGGCUGCACCUGCCCCGGCUCGACGAGACCAUCGACGUCGACUUCGAAGACCUCCCCGACCCCGUCCGCCUGCCCGGCUGCGUCGCCUUACGCGGGACGGACUUACCUGACCCCUUCCUCAAGAAGUCACACCCCGCGUAUGCUCCGUUCGUCCGGAUCAUGAGCAAGUACAGCGAUGCGGCGGGGAUUCUGGUGAACAGCUUUGAGGAGAUGGAGCCGGAGGUGCUGAAAGCCAUCAGAGAGGAGGAGCAAGUGGAAGCAGGGAGGCCGCCGGUCCACCUGGUGGGUCCGAUGGUCCGGUCCGGUUCGGACGAGACGGAUGAGUCGGGGUGCCUGGAGUGGCUUGACCGGCAGCCGGCCGACUCGGUUUUAUUCGUGUCUUUCGGAAGUGGCGGCUCCCUAUCGACGGAGCAGAUGCAGGAGAUGGCACUCGGGCUGGAGGCCAGCGGCCAGCGCUUCCUUUGGGUUGUCAGGCGUCCCAGUGACAAAGAAAAGAACGCCGCUUUCUUCACAACAGGAAACAAGGACGAUGCGUCGAACUACCUUCCUGAGGGCUUCUUGGAACGGACAAAGGACUUGGGCCGCAUGGUGCCGUCGUGGGCGCCGCAGGUCAGUGUGCUGGCCCACCCCGCGACCGGCGGCUUCUUCUCGCACUGCGGCUGGAAUUCGACGCUGGAGAGCACCGUGCACGGUGUGCCGAUGAUCGCGCACCCGCUCUACGCCGAGCAGCGCUUGAAUGCCGUGCUGCUCGCCGAGGCGGUCGGAAUCACCAUCAGGCCGCGGGCCAGAGAGCCCUACGGCGUCGUCGGCAGGGAGGAGAUCGCGGCGGCGGUGAAGGAAUUGAUGCAGGGGGAGAAGGGCAAGGCGCUGCGCCAUCGCGCCAAGGAGCUGCAGGAGGCGGCGGCGAGGGCGCUCGCGCAGCGGGACGGGUCCUCAUACAAGGCGCUGCAGGGACUUGCCAAUAAGUGGAAGGAGAGAGCUAGCCGGCGCGUAGCAAAUGCUUAAAAUGAUCUUAUAAAAUAUUGUUGGUGGAUCAAUAUUAAUAAUCUACGAGUUAGUAAUUUAAUGUUGUGUCUUAUUAUUACUAUCUAUCAUAAGUUUUCUAUUGUGACUCUCCACUUUGCAAGAUAUUUUGUAAAUAUUUUGUAAACAAACGAUUUCUUGGGUCCUUCAAUAAAAACUUAUAUUAAAAUC